AGAUGGCGCUGUAGCGCAUCAACUUCCACAACGUUCAACUGAUCGCUGUGAAAAUUGUUAUAUUGUGAUUUUUACUGUCCUUAAUCCUCAUUAACAACAAACAUCUAUUGUGACUGGGAUUAGUAUUUGGAUGUCUCCUGCUGGCGGCAGCACUGGCGCUCGGGGACCGCGCCGGCGACAUCAGCCCGCGAGACGUCAGGAACAUGAACAUCUUCUCGCUGACCCAGCUGAAGGAGCUGGCGAGGAGCGAGGCGGGUAACCUGGUGGUGUCCCCGCCCAGCGUGUCGACGGGGCUCGCCAUGCUGCAGCAGGGGGCCAGGGGGCGCACCCACCUCGAGCUGGAGAAGGCGCUCAACCUGUACAGCUUCCAUGCCAGGAGGGUGUACGGGGGCCUGGCCAAGCACUUGCAGGCUAAUAUGGGUGGUCCAGAUAAAACCCUAAUAGUUGCGAACAAGAUCUUCCUGCAAAAUGGGUUUACACUGUUGCCAGAAUUCUCUACGAUUAUGGCAACUGACUUCUCAACUGAAGUUGGCCGAGUAGACUUCAGAAAAGAACACAGCUUGCAACCUAUAUGCCAAUGGAUGUCAUACAUUACUGAAAACUCAAUUACAAGAGUUUUUGAUCAAGAUCCACCAAAAGAUACAGAUGUUGUGCUGGCAAGUGUUAUAUUCUAUAAAAGCACAUGGGAGAAUCGAUUUAAUAAAAAACACACAAAACUGAGAGAGUUCGAAGUCAGCCCUGGUAAAAGAGUGACUGUGCAUACCAUGUACCACCCAAGUAUGCCCGUUCGUUAUGGUUCAAAUCCUAAGCUGAAAGCUAAGUGGGCCAUGAUACCAUUCGAGAGCGAUCGUUUCUCCAUGCUCGUGAUUCGGCCGGACAGACGCUUUGGGCUGUCGGAACUGAUCCACGAGAUGUCCGACAAGGACCUAUACGACAUAUUCCUCUGCAGCGACGAGAGCCAGGUUGAAAUAUCUCUUCCUCGAAUCAAAACAACGUCCAUGCUCUGGCUCAACGAGGCACUCGCGAAGCUGGGAGUGUCUUCGGCUUUUAGCCAACAAAGCGACUUCACGGGCAUGACCAAGGAGUCCUUGAGGACCAGCAAGUUCAUCCAGAAGGCAGCUCUCGAGAUCGACGAGGCUGGAGGGAUAGGAGCUUCAUCUACAGGGGCGCAACUGAGGCGAGACGACAAAAAAGUCGCGGAGAUAAGCUUUCUCGUGGACCGCCCAUUCCUGGCCGCGAUAGUGGAGACCAAGUUGGGCCUGCCCCUGCUGUUCGCCGUCGUGAGAGAUCCGUCAGACGACGGCAGUCACGGAAACGAGGCGGGAUCUGAAGGCGACGCCAGUUGUUGCUGAGGACACGUCUCUUCCACGUGUCCUGGUGGCGACAACUAAAGUUGCCGAAGGAAAAAAAAUUCCAUCUGCGAGUCCUGGAGGCGAUAUACCAGGAGUUUCUGAGGACACUGCAACUAUUGGUCGUGGGAAUUGCUGAGGACAUGACAUGUCUCCUCUGACAGUCCUGGAGGCUGCAACAGGAGUUGCGCUAAUGACACGUUUCCUCUGCGAUUCCUGGCAACAGAAGAGUUGCUGAGGAUGCUGCACCUCCUAGUGACGGCAACACACUCGUCUUUCUGAGUCUUCUCGGAUGUAUUUUCAUGGCACAGUAACCUGCACCUUUCUUUUGAUCACUAUAGCGUCUGUGAUAGCUAGCCAGAUCAGUACUUUCUACACUGUGAAACAACGGACUGCCCAGGCCACGCAUAAAUGUUUCAAUUAGCACCAAACAAAUAACCACAUAGCUUCAGCCAAGUACGUGGGUUGAACAAUGACUUGCUACUAACCAAAUGCAUAUAUAAUUAACUCGAAAACAAAAACAAAUUUUAUAAAGAAGAAUGUUUUUUGUCGUUGUAACUAUACCAAGUGACUUCAUUUUGGACUAUAUUCAAAAGAAGAUAUUUUGCUUUUCAUCGGGACAAACGUAUCGUGUAUUUACUUUUUAUUUAUUAAUGUAAGCAACGAAUAUAGUCUACUCUUUUGCCGAUAUGACAUACUUUUCUUUUUAGAUCAUCUUCGGCGAUGCUAUGCUUUUUGUGUGCUUAUCGCCAUCCCAACAGAAUUGUGAAUGAUCAUUACAUUUUGUUACGAUUUUAUUAUCGUUUAAUCAUAAAUGGCAUAAAAUCCAUAGCGUAAUCACAGAUAGUUGGGAGUAUCAGGUGAUAGGAAUUUCAUCUGCUGCCAUAUAGUUUUCAGAUUAUUCUUUUACUUGCUAAAUGUGCCACUUAAUAUUAAAUACGUUCUGUAUAUUUCACAGAACUUUGCUAAGAAAUGAAAGAAAUAUAUAUAAGUUUCCAUUUCUUGGACAGACCAGAGCAGUAUUAAUCUUGAUUGUAUUUAUAAACCUAAGGCCACGCAUAAUUUGGUUUUAGCAACAUGUAAGAAAUUACUGUACAAUAUUUUCUUUUAAUGCUAUAACUUUUAUAGCAACAAAUUGCAAUAAAAAUAUUUUUGUCAAUGAAAA